GCCGGCAGGGUGGCGCGACCAGCGGCGGAAGCGUGCGCCGGAGCUGCGGCCCCGGGAGGCGAGGACGGCGGCGGGGAGAUGGGCGACAAGAAGGUGGCUCUCAUCACCGGCAUCACAGGGCAGGAUGGAUCGUACUUGGCUGAGUUCCUGCUGGAAAAAGGCUAUGAGGUGCAUGGAAUCGUUCGUCGGUCUAGUUCUUUUAACACAGGCCGGAUUGAACAUCUCUACAAGAACUCACAGGCUCACAUUGAAGGAAACAUGAAGCUGCACUAUGGUGACCUCACGGACAGCACCUGCCUGGUGAAGAUCAUUAAUGAAGUCAAACCCAAUGAGAUAUACAACCUGGGAGCUCAGAGCCAUGUCAAGAUUUCUUUUGACCUAGCAGAAUAUACUGCUGAUGUUGAUGGAGUUGGCACCUUACGGCUCCUAGAUGCUAUUAAGACCUGUGGCCUUAUCAAUUCUGUGAAGUUCUACCAAGCCUCCACCAGUGAACUUUUUGGAAAAGUGCAAGAAAUCCCGCAGAAGGAGACCACCCCUUUUUACCCAAGAUCGCCUUAUGGUGCAGCAAAACUGUAUGCCUACUGGAUUGUGGUGAACUUCAGAGAAGCCUACAAUCUCUUUGCUGUGAAUGGCAUUCUCUUCAAUCAUGAAAGUCCCAGGAGAGGAGCUAAUUUCGUUACUCGAAAAAUUAGCCGAUCGGUGGCAAAGAUUCACCUCGGACAGAUGGAUUCUUUCAGCCUGGGCAAUCUGGAUGCUAAGAGAGACUGGGGCCAUGCCAGGGACUACGUUGAGGCCAUGUGGCUGAUGCUGCAAACGGAUGAGCCAGAGGACUUUGUCAUAGCCACUGGGGAGGUCCAUAGCGUCCGUGAAUUUGUGGAGAAGUCAUUUAAGCACAUUGGGAAAACCAUUGUGUGGGAAGGAAAGAAUGAAAAUGAAGUAGGGCGAUGCAAAGAGACUGGCAAGAUUCAUGUGACAGUCAAUCACAAGUACUACAGACCAACUGAAGUGGUCCUCCAGUCAUUGUAGUGCUGCUGUGGAACAGCUUUAUUUUGUCUUAAUGGUAUUACGUCCUCUUGAAGUCUUGCUGAGGUUACAAGUGAAAUAGUUGCCAAGAUACUUAUCUAGCUUUCUUCAGCUGAUGGUUAGAUUCUCAAUAGGUACAUGGCAAUUCUGUCAUUCGUGGCUUUAUGUGUUCACAUAUAUUGCCUGCUAGGUUGGAUUACAUCAAACAAAGUCAACCAAACCACAAUUGGUUUGUUUAUCUUUGACCUGCACUGGGAAAGAGCUGUGAGCUGCAGAUGGAUUCUAACAGAAUAAUCAAUGAGGCGAUACUUGACUUUGAUAGAUUUUCAGAGAAAAGACUGCCAUUUUUGUGCCUGUUCAGUGUAAAAAGGACCCUUACCUGAUGUCCCUGUGCUGGCAAAGUGUGAAUGAAAAAUAGGAUUUCUUGUCUGAGGAACAGCUCUUUCUCUCGUAUUGAAACUUGGCAGAAGACAUACUGUGUGAAUGGUCUCACGAGACACCUUCCUUGUAGGAAAGUGAUGGAUGAGGCAUCUCGCAUUUUAUACAUAAUACUGGUGAAAGCACUGGACUAUUCUGAACUCGUGCCUAUUACUGUAUGUGUCUGAGUAGUUUGCUUGUUCUUCAGCUGUGGAACUAAAGGAGGUUUGGCAGGUAGGGCAGGGCCACUAGAAAAUGCUAACUUUAUCCCUUCUACAAUGCUUAUUCAUAUUUGAUUGCUGCAGGGUGAAAUAAUGAAGAAUUUUUUGGUAACUGAUCAAAAAUUCCUUUCUUGUUUAAUUGAAGGUGUUUAAGCUUAGAAGGUCAUUGAGAGGACAGAUUUAAAGAAGUGUUAUUUGCAUUUGGUGAUGCUUUGGAAAGAAACAGAGCAUAUUAUGCAUGCUUUUAAAGUAUAUACGACGAAUGCGCUGCCAAAUCUGUGGAAUUUUAUAGGCAACUACUGUGAACAUCAAUAGCAAUAAAUGAGUCUGGUUUUACCCCUACAGUAACUGGCACUGUAAGUUUUUGGAGAUCUUUGUGCCUUUUAAAGCUUAUUUCAACAAAGUUUCAGCCCUGUCAGCAAACCUCUGCUGUGUUAGUGGUACUUUAAAUUGUCUCCCAAACCCUGCAACAUUCUGCAUGGUAUUCAGAACCUGAGCAAAAAGAAAGCUGGCACCUGUGUGUGCCGAAGAACCACUGAAAAAGGGACAAGUCUGUAAGGAUACAUAGAGAACACCUGGAAAAAUAAUGGAAAAACAUUCAUGGGAGAAGAUCACUGUAGCAGAAAUGAGGAAGGCAAAAUCUCACAGGGAGGUGAUGCAUUUUGAGGGUGGACGAGAGAUGAUAAAGGAAGGCCAGGUUUAAGAGAGUGUUUGUGAGGAAGAGGAGAAUGAUGCUCAAAAGAGAAACAGGAGCUUAAAUGCAAGAAAAACUGAGAGAGACCCCAGAUUAGGAAAGAAAAAUGUCUGAAAGUGAAAGGAGAAAAAUGACAUUUUAUAGAAAAACAAAUGAGCCAAAAAUGGGAUUGAAAGAUUGAAACAACCAAGAAGGUGAGAGAAAUUAAAUUGACAAGGAAAGGGAAGGACAAAAGAGAGCAAAAUACUUGGCUUAUCCUUAUAAGAAAGGAAAAAAAAAUCUUUAUUGAUUUCUUGGAAGACUUUACGAUAGAUUGGAUGUUUGUUCUGAGAGACAGUGAAAGAUAGAAUAGAAAAAAAACAUGAUUUUUUUCUCAGGCUUUCCUGUGCAGGAAAUCUAAUAGGAAGUUAUUUUUAUUAACCAAGAUGAGAGAACAAGCAACAGCAAACUACCAAGAAUGCUGUGGAAAAUCCAGUUAUUUUUCCAGUUGGACAAGAAGAACCUGUGGCCGUUGACCAGUAAGAGCCUAAGGCUCGAAUUAUUAAGCAGCAGGAUCAGUGAGCUGAAAGGCUAUUGGAGUCUGCGUGUCUUCAGAUACUUAGCAAUCUACUUCCAUCACAGGCAAGAAACAUCCUGAACACCACAUAGCUCGUAUUUGUAGCCAUUCAUUAAUCACCUUUUUUCUGUUUUGUCUGUCUAAUCAACAUGAAAUGGGGAUGAUGCUAAAUGUCUCAGGAGGGCUUUGUUGUGUUCAGGUUUCAAGUUCCAAGUGAAUGUCAUGGAGCCCUGCUCCGUGGGGCAUCAUCUCUUCACAUUGCAAAAUGAUAGCAACCCUCCACUAGUCCUGGUGACGAAGAUGUGCAUCCCAACUGUCUUUUGUCCUGACUGGAAAUGGCAGUAUGCACAACAUCUAACACAAGUAGCCGAAAGCUAUUGCAUUUGCAGGAAAAAUGAAGUGGGCAUGCUUCACAGUUCAUUCUGAGUGGCACUUCUUGGGGUUUCAUAAAUGGCAAGAGGAAGGGAAGUAAGUCUACCUUUCUACCAGAUUUGUGCUUCUGAACUUCUGGAGGCUGCAGUGACUUGUAGAGCAUCCUUUCAAAAUCUGUAAGUUAGCAUGGCAAUAUUCAGCCCACAUCCCUUACACAUUUGCAAGAGACUGUGAGACAGGGCGGUGGGGAGCACAAUGCCUGUGUUUGCAGUUAUAGCAUGUUUUUAAUCUGUAAAGGAAAUAUUCAGCUGCCUGCUUUGCUUGGACUUAGCAGUGGCCAGUGUUUUAUCUUGGGAGUCUAGGUUGAAUACACGUGCAGCAUAGAAAUACAUUUGUUUACGGACAGGAAAUGCAUAAGCCUUUUAAUGGACAAAGCGUGAGUUUGAAGCAUUAAAUGUGACCUGUUUUGUUGUGCGCCAGUACCUGCAAAGGGUUAUUCUUUGUGGUGUCCUACUUGGACUCAAACACUAAAGCUUUCAUCAAAGUAAAUCUGAUUAUUUUGCACAUGGUUUUCCUGAAAGGAUGUUAUGAUUUUCUAGAUGUUUGGUGGCUGGUGAUAAAUUAGGCUUUUAUGAUGUCAUGUGAAAGGCCACUGCUUGGACUUCCUUCUCCAUCAAGUGCACUGAAGAAUACAUUUGGGACGUACUUAGAUUCAGAAAUGAUCCUACCUUGUUUUAUAUUAACCCUUUUGCAGUUCAUUGUUUGCUUUGUAACUGGAAGAGCGUGGGCAAAGAUUUCAUCACUUUCGCAGACAGAGCCCCAUGGUAUCCCAUCUUUUUCCAUGAGUAACAAAGCCUCAGCUCACAAGCUCCUUUUAAACCUUUCACAGCUUAAAUUCUUCCCAUAUAUUGUGUCUUCAAAAGGGUUUUCGAAUCUGAUGGGGGGUUUUAGUGAGAAAUUGGAAUGUGGUGAGUGGUGGGGGGAAGGUGAUGUGCCCCAUAAAUUAGGUCAGGUUUAUGACCAUGCAGAGGGAGGCUGUUUCUAGAAAAAGAGCCAGCAGUUAAGGGCAGUAUGCUGCUGUUUUGCCCAGAGAAGUGACAGCUCCCUUCUUCACCCUGCUUAGUCCAAGGGAGGGAGUAUUUACAACAGCAGGUUUUCCAUCAAUGAGAAAUGUCUAACUGUGCUUCAUGCUAACUCUUUCGUACUUGUUCAUUUGUACUGGGGAAGAAGACAGGAAGAGGGAGUUAUUCAUCCCCUCUCUGUCCUUUUCACCUAGUCUUACCAUAGGUUUCAGAGUGGCAGAGGUUCAUACAUCACUAUAAACAUGCCAGGAAGGGAGCGUCAUCUCUUCUGUCAACCCUGAUUCACAGAGCGGUGAAAUGAGCACUGAACACAGGUCAAAUAAAGCAAUUGCAGAUCAUAGGUGGGUUGGAGUUUUCCAGUGACAUGCUUUUUAGAUGAAAAAUGACCUUUUGAGGAAAUCAGUAUUUUUAUUAGGGGAAAAAAUAACAGCACACCCUUCCAACUUUCUUAAUAAUGUAACUUUUAUGUUAAAAGAUCUUGGCUUUCUCAGAGAUACGAAUAUUCUUAGGGGUGGUAAAAUCACCAGUGCAUACUCUACAAGAUAGAGAAAAUCACACUCUGCAGUAGUGAUAUCCUGCUGAUCACUGAAUUGCUGCUUAAUGCUCUAAAGAUACAUAGAUAAGUAUCUAUAGGUAGAAUAUGUGCUCGUUGUCCUACUGUUUAUUGGUUUGUUGCUUAUCUUUUGGUAUUCAGCUGGCAAUGAUAAUUAAACCU